AUGAUACUCAAGCCAUCACAUAAGAUUGUUGACCGUGACACGGGGGAAGUCAUCGAGGAAAGAUUCAUUGACAGAGACAAGGGAGGCUUACCCUCCUCUGCCAGCGGCAGUUUUAGACAUCAAAUACAUCUCUUCGUGCCACCGCUAGCAGCAGCACCACCACCACCACCACCACCACCACCACCGUCACCGCCACCGGUUAGCAUCUCCAACUCUUAUUUCAAUGUUGGAGAUGCAAUAAAGGGUACAAAUGGAGAAGCUAUGGAAAGAAGUAACGAAGAUAUAAUUGUAUCCCUUCGUGUAGCAGUCUUGCUUGACAAAUUAUCCUCAGAUGCAUUAAGAGAUUUCGGAUCGGUCUGGUGCGUGCAAAGUGAGCUACGUGUACUCUCAGAUCUUUUUGGGAAGAUUCAAGAAUUGCUCAAGUUUGCAGAGCAAGCUCAAGCAAAGAAUAUCUUGGUGAAACGCUGCCUUAGGAAUCUCAGAGAAGCUGCUUACCGAGCUGAGGACAUAUUGGAUGAGUUCAUCUAUGAAGCUUGUAAGGAAAAAGAUGAAAGAUAUGGAGGUGGAGGAGAGGUACGUUUCUUGCACUUCCCCUCUAGCUUAACUGCAAAUGGGCUUUUACGUAAGCAAGAAAUCGGGCCUCUUAUAAAUGAUGAACUCAUAAAGAAACUAGAGGAGAUUGAGAAGAAACUUGAAGAUCACUAUCUCAGAGAGUCAUCAGGAAAUCAGAAAUCACAUGGUGGUGGUGUAAUUGAUGAAAUAUUAGAUACUAGGCCGAAGAGUGGUUCUCUAGUUGAUGAACCUCUUACUUUGGGGAGGAAGGAAGAUGCAGAAGCAAUAAAAAAUAAGUUGUUGUCAUCAAAUCCAAAUGAAAACCAAAAACAGGUUUCUGUUAUUGCCAUUGUUGGAUUGGGGGGUGUAGGCAAGACAACUCUAACACAGCUUGUCUAUAAUGAUCCUGAUGUAGAGAAACAUUUUGAAAGAAGAGCUUGGGUUUGUGUCUCUACUGAUUUUAAUGCUGUAAGAUUGACCUCUGCAAUUCUAGAGUCCUUGACUGGGGAAAAUCCUAACUUGAGCAAUCUAGAACCACUUCAACAUAAGUUGAGAGAUGAAUUAAGAGGGAAGCGAUUUUUAAUCAUCUUAGAUGAUGUUUGGACUGAAAAGGAAAGCGACUGGAAAUCUCUGAGAGUUGCAUUCUGGGCUGCAGGGGAAGGAAGUAAAAUAAUAGUAACAACUCGAAGUAGAAGAGUUUCAUCAAUGAUGCACCCCAUGUAUACCCAUGAUCUACAAAAUUUAUCUGAUGAAGAGUGUUGGUCGAUUAUGGAAAGGCACAUAUCUUUAAAUUAUGGCUCUAUUGCUUCCAGCCUGGAAGAAGUGGGUAGGAAGAUUGCGAGGAAGUGCAAAGGAUUGCCCUUGGCAGCAAGUACGCUUGCUGGACUAUUAAGCUCUUCUAGUUCAGAUUUAAACCUUUGGGAACAAGUCUUGAAUAGUUCUAUGUGGGACUUAGAAGAGAGCAAAGAUUUACCAGCUGCACUAAGUCUAAGCUAUUAUUUUCUUCCCACAUAUUUGAAGCAGUGUUUUGCUUAUUGCUCUGUAUUUCCUAAAGAUUAUAUAUUCAAGAAGAAACGUCUCAUCCAACUAUGGAGCGCAGAAGGUUUUAUUAGAACCAACACUUCAAGAAUGAAAGUCAAAGCAGGUGGCCAAUAUUUUGAUGAUUUGGUGCAUAGGUCUUUCUUUCAGCACUACAAUAUUGAAGAUAAGAAGAGAUUUGUAAUGCAUGACCUUGUACAUGAUUUAGCAGAAGCAGUUUCAGGAGAGGUGUAUGGUAGAUUUGAGUGCGAGAUGAAAUCGAGCCUCAGCUCCAAAUUCGUGACCCGUUAUUCGUCCACGUGUUGUGUAAGUUCCAUAAACAGGGACAAAAAUCCUGAUAACAAGAGGUUAUCCACACUGAUACACCUAGGUCGUGGUAAUUGUUUCCACAGAUGUUACCAUAUUGAAUCUUUUGGAGGACUAAGGUACUUACGUGUCUUAGAUUGGUAUAAUUCUAACAUUCAGAUGCUUCCGGAUGAUAUUGGCGGUUUGAAAUUCCUACACUAUAUUAACCUCUCCAAAUCUGAAAACAUACAACGAUUACCGGAGUCUUUAUGCGAUCUUUUCAAUCUACAGUCACUGAUACUCCGUGGUUGUACCGGAAUACGUGAGUUACCUAGAGGCAUGAAGUAUCUACGCAAUCUCCAGCAUCUAGACCUUGAUGGGUGCUAUAACAUACUUUCCAUGCCACAAGGAAUUGGGAGAUUAAGUAGUCUCAAGACAUUGUCAAGGUUUCCUGUCUCGAAAGAUGAUGAUGGUUGUGGGAUAAGAGAGCUGAAGGAGUUGAGGCAGCUUGAGGGUGCACUUUCAAUCAGGUCACUACAGAAUGUGAUUGAUCAUCUGGAUGCUCGGGAAGCUGAUUUGGUAAGUAAGCCGAAAAUUGAUAAGUUAGAUUUUGUUUGGGAUUGUGGUACUAGUGGUGAUAAAGAUGUUGAGGUUCUUGAAAGUUUACAACCUCACACUGAGCUGAGGAGUUUAGUUAUCUUCAAUUACAGUGGGUUAACAUUUCCCAGAUGGUUGAUGAUCGAUUUCCAAAGCUACAACAAGCUAGUCUCUCUGACACUCGUGCUCUGCGGCGAAUGCCAAGUCCUCCCUCGGAUUGGGGAGCUACCCCUAUUGGAAUCUAUGUUCUUAAGAGACAUGAAGAAGUUGGAAGAGUGGUCAUCUAGCAGUAGCAGCUAUAGAGGGGGGGAAAGUAGUGAUGAAUUCCCUAGCCUCCAAAAGCUAUUCAUUUCAGACUGUCCAGAACUGAGGAUACUACCACAGCCGCUUCUGUCAAGUCCGAGACUAUGUGAAUUGCGUUUCUCUAAAUGUCCAAUGCUCAGGAUGUCGCCUCAUGCAGGAGGAUUAAGCAGACUCACCUCACUCAAAAAUCUUCAAAUUGGGAAACAGAUGGAAGGGUUGAUGCAGUUUCUGGAGGAGACAGAGACAGAGAAUCUACCUCCAAAUCUUAAUCGCCUUCAUAUCCAUGAUUGUAAAUUGCUACCCAAGGGGUUGAGAAACCUGUCUUCACUGGAACAUCUGGAAGUUGGUCAAGAUUGUAAAGUCCACUAUAGCCCUAAGGAGCUCCCCGCAAAUGUCAUCGUUAUUAGAGGUUGA